CCAAAAACUGGGGUGUUUACCCUAUGCAGUGUCUAUCUUUGAAAGUGAUAUCUUAAUGCAAUAUAUUUCAGGAUGCCUUGCAUAACUUUUACAUGUUAUGCCCUUGUAUUUAACAGGAGGAUGGAGUCAAAGGAAUCCUACAAUAUCAUAUAUCUCGCAAGAGCAGAUUAUCAACAUAGGGGGAACUGUGGAGAUGAAAUGCUCUGUCCAGUAUUCCAGAGAUUAUGCUGUCCUGUGGCUGAAGUUAGAUCCUCGGUCAAGUUCAGGAGCAACUCCAAUCUCAACAGGAACCACACUCAUUGUGCCAGAUAAUCGAUUUUCACUUAGGCAUGACACUGCCAGUUCAACAUACACUUUGCAGAUCAAGGACAUUCAAGAGGCUGAUGCUGGUACAUAUCAGUGCCAGGUGCUGAUCACAGUACAAAACAGGAUCACAGCUGAUGUCCUGUUGUCAGUCCGUCAACCUCCAGUGAUAUCAGACAAUUCAACUCGAUCUGUUGUUGUCAGUGAGGGGCAGUCUGUCACCCUGGAAUGCUAUGCCUCUGGUUAUCCACUUCCACGAGUUUCAUGGAGACGAGAAAACAAUGCCGUCCUUCCCACUGGUGGUGCCAUCUAUCGGGGCAACAAACUCACUAUCAACAGCAUCAAGAAAGAAGAUAGGGGUACUUACUACUGUGUGGCAGAAAACACUGUUGGAAAGGGAGCUCGAAGGAAUGUUGCAGUUGAGGUGGAAUUUUCUCCUGUCAUCUCAGUACCCCGUCCUCGUGUUGGCCAGGCUCUCCAGUAUGAUAUGGAUUUGGAAUGCCACAUUGAAGCUUAUCCGCCACCUGCAAUCUCAUGGCACAAGGAUGGUUUCCAGCUUAGCAACAAUCAGCACUACACGAUAUCCAACUUUGCCUCUGCUGAUGAGUUUACUGCCACUACUCUUCGAGUUCUGACAAUUGAAAAGAAGCAGUAUGGAAAUUUUUCCUGCCGGGCAGGGAACAAGCUUGGGCUUGCUGAGGGACGAGUUGAACUGUUUGAAACGGUGAUCCCUGUCUGUCCACCUGCCUGUGGCCAGAAUUUGUUUACAAUUGGACGGAGCGUGAUGCAAGCUCAGAGCUUUGGAACCCUGGCCAUCAUCCUGUUUCUUUUCUGGAACAUAGAGGGGCAGAGGCAGCCAACCAUUUCAUACGUAUCUAGCAAGAAGCUGGCACGGAUAGGACAGACAUCAUUCUUGAAAUGCUCAGUGCAAUAUCCAGGAGAGUAUGCAGUGCUGUGGAUCAAGAAGGGUUCUGGAGGAGAGUCAGUGGACACUCCUCUCAGCAUGGGUACAACCAGGAUCAUCCCAGAUGAUCGGGUCUCCGUCUCCAAGAUUCGUGUUGGCCUUGACAGCUAUAAUUACAUUCUUGAGGUGAGAGGUAUACAAGAAUCAGAUAAUGGCAACUACAUUUGUAGAAUCCAAAUUGAUGUCAACACAUGGCGAGAAGCUGAGACUGGCUUUCGUGUCCUCAUGCCUCCAGUGAUCUCAGAUGAGUCCAGCAGUUCAGUACUGGUCUCUGAACAUGAGAGUUUUAUGUUGAAGUGCAGUGCUAGAGGGUUUCCAACUCCAAAGAUCUCAUGGAGAAGAGAGGAUAAUGUGCCUUUUCCUAAUGGAAGAGUCAUACAUCAGAAUGGAACAUUGAUGAUUGAGUCAGUGAAGCGAGAGCACCGUGGAUUUUAUUACUGCAUGGCUUGGAAUGGAGUCUCACAUGCUGUGAGCAGGCGAGUACAUGUUGAGGUUGAGAUCUCCCCUAUUGUCACAACUGUGAGAUCCAGAGUCUUCCAGGCUCUCACAUAUGAUGUCUAUAUGGAUUGUAUGGUGGAAUCAUACCCUCCAGCUGCUAUUGCUUGGUACAAGGAUGGCAACCAACUCACCAACAGCAGGCAUUAUCAGUCCAGAAAGGGAGUCAUGGAUGUGGAUCAGGUUUAUGAGAAAAUUGGAGAGUUUGGUCGGCAGCAAGGGAUCUAUUUUGUUUGGCUCAGCCUCAUUGUACUAUCUGUUCCUCCACAUUAUCUUCAAAUGAUCUUCAUCGGUGCAAAACCACAUUUCAUCUGCUAUGCCAAGAAUGAAACUCAAUUUAUGCAUGAUGCUUGCUUCAAUGACUCUACAUCUACAUGCACAAGGUUGGAGUAUGACUCACAACUCAAUUCCAUUGCCACUUCUUGGGACAUGGUUUGUGAUAAACAAUACUUGGUUGGGAUGGGCCAAGGGCUGUUUAUGCUGGGACUUAUGGUGGGUGCCCCAUUGCUUGGCAGAGUCUCUGAUGCUUAUGGCCGCAAGCCCAUCCUCUUCCUCUCAAUUAUUUUCAGCACAGCUUUUGGAGCAGCCUGCUCCUUUGCCAAUGGAUUCCUCUCCUUCUUUCUCUUCAGGUUCUUGGAUGGCUUCAUUGGAAGUGGUGGGUUGAGCAAUUUCGUGCUCACAAUGGAGUUGAUAGGUCCUUCAAAAAGGGCUUUGGUAGGAUGUCUUAAUGGUUGUGUAUUCAGUGUUGGGAUUGUUUUCUAUGCUGGCUUGGCAUUCUACAUUCGAGAUUGGCGGAAACUGAAUCUUGUUGCAUGCUUAGUGACAGUGCCUCUCUUACCUCUAUACUUUUGCAUCCCAGAGAGUCCCAGGUGGUUGCUCUUGAAGAGGAGAGAGAAGGAGGCCAGAGAUGUCUUGAGAAGGGUGGCAAUAGGGAAUGGGAGAGAUUUUCAUGAAGACUGGAUCUUUGAGAAACCAUGUAACAAAGCUGAUGAUGCUGCUGGUGGUAUGCUUCAGCUAUUUUCCUCACCUCGUCUGGCCUUCCUCACCUCCAUUCAGCUCUUCUCAUGGUUUUCAUGCAGCAUUAUCUAUUAUGGACUCACUUUGGCAGCUGGAGAUUUCAGCAAAGACCUUUAUUCAUCUGCUGCCUUGAAUGGGGUCAUUGAAAUACCUGGUAUCCUCCUCAACAUAUUCCUCCUCUCCUGGUGCGGUAGGAGGACCUCAUUGGUUGGGUGCAUGCUUUUGUCUUCAGUUGCCUGCCUGCCAAUUCCCUUUCUACCCAUAUCUUCCACUGGAUCCAGUGUCAAGCUUUCUCUUGGGCUCCUUGGGAAGCUGGGAAUCUCAUCUGCCUUUUCCAUCAUAUACAUUCAUAGUUCUGAGCUCUUCCCAACUGUGAUUCGAUCAGCUGGUCUCAGUUUGGUGUUUGUGACAUCCCGCAUAGGUAGCACAGUUGCUCCAUUCAUCCACCUCAUGGAUUCUGUGAGCCAUGAUCUUCAAUUCACAAUCCUGGGGAUCCUGAGCUUUGUGGCAGGUAUCCUUGAUUCCUGGCUUCCUGAAACAUCUGGAAAACCUCUCCCUCAGACUCUGGAGGAUCUAGUGGACGAUCAUGUACCCUUACUUAAACCAGGCAUCAUUCAUCAGCGUCUCAUCCCUGUAAUUUCAGAUGAUUCUGCAUCUGAUUCAGAAGAGGAAGAAGUCAUCUUUCACAGUAUAUAGUGGAUUUGUUUUAUUUUUCCCUGUGCUAUUUUUUAAAUUUAUUAAUCCAUUGGCAGGAACUCAAAGAUAUAUACAUUUUUAUGCUCAAUUUCCCCACAAAGUAUGCCCAAAAACCUACCUGCCAAAGGAUUAAGGGCUGUUAUCCACUUGUGACUUCAACUUAUUUUUAUUCAAUUCAAUUCAGGUUUUAAAAGUAGAUGCUAAUACAGGGUGUUCUGAAAGUUUCUGACCCACCCACACAAAAUGCAGGUAAAUGCUAUGUAAACCACUGAGAACAUCCUGCUUAUCUACAUCGGCCACAUGAGGAUCCAGAUGAUAUGCUCAGACCAAGACCAAUGGCUGUGCUGAUGCAGUAUGGAGCCCCAUGCCACAUGGCUGGCUUCGCAUUCUGCACCAUUGAAUAGACUAUGGUACAGGUCUAGAAGAAGCUACUAAGGAACUUUCUGGACCUCAACACCCAAAACACAUGUGGCACAGGUUCCAGGAGAGUGCUCUCUGUCAGCUUCACUCCAUAAAUCGGGCAUCAGUCUUUACCAGGUUCUAAGUUGAGUGAGAAACCAACACAAGAAUGUAAUCUGUCAGUUGGUUGAGAGUUUCAGGAUGUUGAGGCAAGGUUCCUGGAGGUCCAUGAAAGUCAUAUCAAGUAUCAUUGCAGGAGUUAGAACCUGGGGUAUUCUUGGCCAUGUGGAAUGCAAUUAAAUCAAUAAAUCCUGUUAAUCUUGUCUCCAUCUUUAUUUUAGCAGGCCAGGAGCUUUUUGGAACACCCUGUAUAUAUCUUGUGUCUUCCAGUUCCAAAACAGAUCCAGACAAUGUUGGCAUUUAUGAUUUUUCUGGUGUUACUUGACAAUUUACUUUUAUUUUGACCUCUAGUUGAGAUAGUGAACA